CACAAUGUGCAGAUGAAGUUGCCUAUGGUCGUGUUAGCUCGAUAAUAACCUGCGUCCGUUGGCAGUCAUCGCCGAAAGUAAAUAUUUGCGCCUUUCACCUCUCCGUUAUAGCGUAGAUAGAUCGAAUGAUGAUGAUGCUGAUGAUGUUGAUGAUGGACGUGCGUGCAUUGCGCAGCUAACAUCAGCCCGGUCAUAUCGCAGUGCAAUGUCGUCCGGAGCAGUGUGAAUCAGAUACAGUGCGUAGAGUAGGUCGUGAACUGUGCAAAGAAGUACAAUAUAUAUAUAUAUACACCUUGACAAUCGUGCCUCUGAUCGCACGACUUCCGUGUGCCGCGCUGACCGGACAGUAAUGUGUUUGGGUGUCCUCAGGAGUUGUCGCAACAUCUUCAUCAUCAUUAGUUCUUCAGGUGGUUCGAUCCUGUUCACGUAAUGCUAAUGAUAAAUGGUGCAUCCUCGCACAGCAGGCCUCCUCCAGCUUACAACAACAUCGAGGAGGCCACCACUUCGGCAGGAGCGCCACCCUCCUACGAAGAAGCCAUCAACCCCAACGCGCCACCUCCAUCCUAUGAUUCCCUCUUCGGCAGAGUCAGAGAGGCGAGGAAGACGAGCAAAGGUGUCUUGGAUUUCAUCAAGAAUGUCUUCAUUAUCCUUCUAGGAGCAGGUAAAAUUCUUCAGGUUCCAAUCGACAUUACAACUUUUCAAUACUUUCCGAUAACUAUGACGCACUCUAUUCAAAUCACAC